CUGAAGGGGCGUGGCAUAAGAAAAGGGUCAGUUCGUAUUUAGUCUAGAGAACGCAGCAACAGUAGGCGGAUUAAACUUGACUAGCAUUAGCACCAAGGACUUGGGCACAUGAGAAUUCCAGUGGUAUGGAAAUCGACAGGCUGUGGUCCGGAGCGCACGUCCGUGGGCCCCGUUAAAAAGCAGAUGAAGACCGAUCAUUGGCUAAAAGUACGGAUAUGAGUUAUUCUGCAAGACCUCCAAUAGGGAGCAAAAUGAAGGCACGUGCUCCGCCUCCGCCCUCAGCCCCCCAGCCUGCCCCUCGCAAGAUCUUCCGCAAUGCCAUUCCCGAUGGAGGAGCAGCACCCGACACCAAGGAGAAUGUGGCACGGAGCACCGUGGACCUCCAAAUCAUGCUGCCUAAUGGAUACGAAACUCUGGUCACUGUGGAUGGGAGGAAAGCUCUGAUGGAUGUGUUGGUGGACUUGUGCGCUCAGUACCACCUGAAUCCAGCUGAACACACACUGGAGCUGACGUCGGCUGAGGGCCAGCCCGUCUCCUUUAAGCCCAACACCAUCCUGGGAACACUGCACGUCAGCCGCGCCCUCAUCAAGGAGAGAACUUCAGAGGAGCGGGUACCCAGGAAACCCGCGCCCAAAGUGCCAGAGAAGACAGUGCGUCUGGUGGUAAACUACCACCGUGGGCAGAAGGCAGUAGUGCGUGUGAACCCCCUCGUACCCCUGCAAAGCCUGGUGCCCGCCAUCUGCCAGAAGUGUGAAUUCAAUCCUGCACGUGUGCUCCUGCUACGUGACUCUGUCAGCCAGCACGAGCUGGACCUGCACAAGUCGCUCACUGAACUCAACAUCCGUGAGCUUUACGUGCUCGACCAGGCACUGGUUCUCCAGCCUAAAAUGCUCUCGGCUCCUGUACUUAACUACUCAGCAGAGUCUCUCAACUCCGACGCCAGUGGAGGUGAGAAGAAGGGACUUCUGGGCUUGUUCAGCUUCAGUCGGAGGAAAUCGAAGACCGAAGAGUUCUCUGAUGACAUGGAUCAGCACGAUGGCCGACUAAUGCAAAACACACACACUAACAUCAAUGGUCUGUCGGCGGUCAGCGGCGUGUAUGUAGAGGCUCGUCCCAACACUCUGGGCCAAUCACAGUCGGCCAUGAACCUCUCCAGGCUGUCUCCCAAAACAGAGCCUAAGAAACGGCGCGCUCCGGCUCCGCCUCGUCCUUCGGCUCAGACUCUCACGCAGACGCAAACGCAGUGCGCUUCGGCACUGGUGGUGCAGACAAAACCGAGCUCACCAAGUCAGCUGAAGAAACGGCAAGCCCCGCCUCCUCCACCCGUCGUGCAUCCCACCACCUCCUCGCCCGCUCUCGCCGUGGCUGCUGCCCGGGUACCCAGCGCCGCGUCGGCAUCCGACAACUCCAUGUCUGAUCUGAGUCACAGCAUUGAAGACUCAGAACCAGCUGCCUCCAUCUGCAGCAGCUCCAGCAGCGAUGCCGCCGCUGAGUCCAGCAGCCUGGCUGAGGAAACCACGGCCGAGCCGGCCAUCAAGUUCUCAUCAGGCUUGACCUCCAAGGUAGAACCAGUUCCAGAACUGAAUCAACAGCCGGCACGCAGAGGCUUUGUUAAGCGAGAGCCUGAGGAGACGGAAUCUGCACUGGAGCUUAAAAUGGACGAAGUGGAUAACAAUCGGCACAGCGCGAUAGUCUGGCUGCAUGCAGCGGAGCAAGAAGCCGAGACGGUGUCCAUGUGCAGCAGCGAGAGUUUGGCCGAUCAAGGUUACGCGGCGUCUGAGGGCAUGGCUGACUCUCCGAUUAAUACUGAGGACACCGUUUCCCUGGGUCCCGAUCCCUCUCUGAGCCCCACCCAGCCUCAGGAAGACUGCGACAGCGAUGAGGGCUGUGCCACAUGGGGCUCGCGGCACAGCAGCGGGAACAUGCGAGUCGGAGACCAGUCGGUCAAGAGAAACGACGGCUACGAGGACGACAAGGAGAUCACUGCGCAGAUCCACUUAACCUUGGCUGAUUUGGAUGCCGACUUAGCAGAUGAAGUUAAUCGCUCCGAUGAGGCAUCUGUGUGCGUGGACGAUGAGAUCCCAGUGUCUGUGGUUGAUUUGGAUGUUCCGGUUACCGCCAUUGAUGAAGUCGUCGAUGACAACCCAUACAGCUUGGGUGUUUAUGAGGCAGCACUGUCGCGCAGUAGCCAGAAAGAACGACAUGGUUCAAGCAAACAAAUGGUAGAUCUCCAGAACCAAAACAACAACGCUCGCAUGUCACAGAAAGCAAGUAUCGGUCCAUCACAAGGAGAUCCGAUUCGGUCAUGUGACAAGAAGGCGCAAACAGAGAAGGUCCCUAUAAGCCCAGGGAUUAAAGGUAAAGUUGAACCGGGUAAACCAACGCUGCCAGAAACCUCUCAAACUCCUGCAAUGUCUACUGUUACCCAUAGUGCACAGAAUGCUCCUGAAGGCAGACUUAAACCAACAGAACAAAACCACAGCAAGGAGCACACCGAAGUGAACAGAGCCUCGUCUGUGAAGGCUCAAAACAAGAUCAGCCAGAAUCCAGUGUCUAGAUUCGGCUUGAAAACAUUUACCAUUGUGCCUAGCAAACCAGCCAUGUCCCAGAAUCGCGUUGAGUCCGAAGGCUCCUUGCGUAUAGGCGCCAUUAAAAUCGAUGAGUUUGGUAACAUGGUCACACCGAGAGAGACUCGAGACAAAUCCAACGAUGCGAGCGAUGACCGAGAUUCUCCACUCCUGGACAAAGCUAAGGCCUUCUGGAGCUCAGGUAAGACGGAGGAUUCGCCACCUACUACCUUUACUAGAGCUUCAAUAAAGACUGGAGAAGCUGAAAAACCGUUCCCCGUCACAGAAAAACCCAGUGUUACGGAACCACCGAAACAGGUCAACGGGCCAAGCACCAACCUGGCAUCCGCGGUCAUGAAAAAGCUCGCUGUCUCAGAUCCUGCCGAAAAUCUCUUUUUCUCCGAGCACAGGAAGAAUCUUUCAUUCGUCACGCCUUCCAGAAGAACUUCGAGUCGUUACGUGGCUUCAGCUAUUACGAAGUACACGGGGAAUUCCUCAAGCAAGGUCGAAGGAGUUCAGGCACGUCCAGAGUCAACAUCUGCUGGACAGAAGCAAUUAACUAGCCAAGCCGUCAAGAACGACCUAAAACCUGUGCAAGCAGUAUCAAACCUCAAGGCUUCGAAUGCGUCCACAAACUCCAUGCCUUUUCUCGCUGCCGCCAAACCCGACCGAAGUUAUACUCCAGAGAAGCAGGCGGUCUGUAGGGAAUAUCCGCAUAUCGUUGGUACAGACACAUCUAGCACUAAAGCGCUGGGUUUUAGCCCAGUACAUAGCAAGCCUCAACAGCAAGCACGGAUGUCUACGUGCCCUGAAUCCAGUGCGUCCUUUUCUAAAGACUACAUGUCCAUGAAAAAUGCCCCAGGAAGCCCUUUGCCUCUAAACAAUACGAUAAGCACUACCCGUCCAGCAGUAGCGAAGAAACCGGAGUUACACAGUCUUGGUCUGCAGCCAAGUCCGUUUGGGCCAGUCAAAAAGUUUAAGCCUGUGGUCCCGAAGUCGGUGGAGAAGGAGACCUCUCUUCACAGCUCACUCAUGGAUGCAAUUCAGUCAGGAGAUGGAAUGGAACGCCUCAGAAAGGUAUCCGACUCUUCCAGGACAGGCCCCCUGAAGAAACCAUCUUACGUGGAGCCUGAAAACGAGCGUUCUGCGCUCCUGUCGGCCAUCCGAGCCGAAAGUACUUCGGCAAGACUUAAGAAGACGAGCUCGUCAGCUGCCUCAGAGCUGGAGCAGUUCAGGAAGUCUGAGGAGAGCAGGGCUGACCAGAGACAUACAAGUACCCCAAGUCCUCCUGCGUUCGCACCUCCACCACCACCACCAAACUUUCCACCACCACCACCAACCUUUACACCACCACCGCCUCCUCCUACCUUGCCCUUGACCAAGCCGACUGUAGUGCUGCCUACACGGGGAAACCCAGAGUCUGCCAGAGAGGCACUGCUGGAGGCCAUACGCUCUGGCGCCGGAGCCGAACGUCUUCGGAAAGUCCCGGUGUCAACAAAAACAGUUAAAGUGAACGGAAGACUAGGCACCAUCCAGGUGUCAGCAUCACCUCCUCAAAAGCCCUGAGAAGCUCUUUCCCAUAGCCAAAUUUUCAUGUGGCAUGCUAACUCAUUUGCUAAACUACGACUAUUUAAUUAUUAUUAUUAUUAUUAUUAUUAUUAUUAUUAUUUUAUUUUUUUAAUAGUCGCAUGCUGCUUUCAGUCUGUGCCAAUCAUUUUUUAUUUUCAUUUUGUAAUUAGGACUCUUUGUUUCAAGGGGGAAAAAAAUCGUGUUAAAGACAACACACUGUACAUCUUUCACGUAAACCUUUUCACUUCCUAAUAAUCUGUCAGUAUUUUUGAAGGGAUUUUCUGUUUGAACACACAAGGCACGCUAAAUCAUUUCAUUUCACUUGAUUUAAAAAAAAAAAAAAUUAUAUCUGAUUUUAUUUGAAUCUUUUCACAUUUAGUACUAAUCGCAACAGCGCUGUAGUCAGCCCGUGAUAAUUUGUUUAAACAGCGAAGGACUUUUCUUAUUUUGUUUCUUUGAAGCAUCGUAGCGAACAAUGCGUUAUUGUAAAACCUAUAAUUACCUAUUAAUACCUUUUCGCCACGCUGCUAUUUGAUAAUAUAUUAUUUAUGCCAUUUUGAUCAGAAGGGGAAAUGAAAAGUACGUCUCUGCACGUUAUAAAUAUACUUAACACGUCGUUAAUUUAACAGAUAGAAAGUGGACCGCAUGACGGACCUGCAGAAGGUCUAGAAAGGUCUACCUUUUGUUUUUUUUUUUUGGAGAGUUGUAUAUUUUCUACCUGUUCAUAAUUAGAAAUUGUGUCUAUGAUUCAUUUCGAUUAGAUGCCACGUUGUUGGUAUAAAGGUGUUUGUUGUUGGGGUUUUUUUUUUUUUUUUUAAUUCUACUUUUGUACAUGAAGUGUGCGAUUUUUUUUUUUUUUUUUUUUUUUUUUGGGAAGGGAUUACACAGAAAUUUUAGAUGAAAAUGAAUAGAUCAAUAAACCAUUUUGUAAUCAUUUCAGUGGGAUUUCUACAGGUUUUGUGUGGCUUUGUGUCCGAGUGUGUCUAAUUAGUUUGUUACACAAGGCGACAAUCGAUUAAAAUCCAGGACGUUUAAACUCGGAAAAGGAAAAAAAAAAAAAAAACUCGGGGAUAGAAAACGCGGACUGAACGAGUGUGUUUUGUUUGGGGUUUUUAUUCUUGCUGUCAAGAGACAAUCUUAAAAAUAAUUAAUGAUCGAAUAAUAUGAUGACGUACGAGUCUAGUGUAGUGCCAAUAUAUUGUUUUGUAUUUAACAACAUGGCUUCCAGAAGCCAUAGUGUGUGCAGUCGUGGCUUGGUGGUUAAGGCUUGAUGGGAAGGUCAGGGGUUCAAACCCUAGCACUGCCAAGCUGCCACUGUUGGGCCCUUGAGCAAGGCCCUUAACCCUCUCUGCUCCAGGGGGCGCCGUAUCAUGGCUGCCCCUGCACUCUGAACCCAACUUGCUGACAUGCUGGGGUAAGCGAAGAAAAGAAUGUCACUGUACUGUAAUGUAUAAUCUUUAAUCUUUAUCAAUCUUUAUUGACUCAUUAUCAUUAAAAUAGCACUUGAUCUAGCACAUCCUAUUAUUUUUCCUGAACGCUGAUGUGUGCGAUUUUGGUAUUAAAAUACUCCUUGCAUGUGCAACUCAACCCUGAUUAUGGCUCACUGUCAAUACAUUAUACUACUGUUGUGUUUGCAGCCUGAAAGACAUCACAGGUUUGCUGAACAAAUAUGACCUCGAUCUUUAUCAUGUAGUAUAUGUUUAAAUAUUCCCGAUCAUCAGGACGAGUAGAAGUGAGGCUCGUCUCCAUUCUUUUAUGCCCCCUGACAGGUUUUAUGGACUGCUGAUGACAAAUUUCUUUCCUUUGGGUCCCCCAGUGGCCUCGUGUUUACUCGGGGCUCGACGACCCGCAGCUGUGUGCGGCUCCUUCGUGCAGAACACGCCGUUCUGAAGAGGCCGAUCUAUCUUCCUGCCAUCAUCUGGCAUCCAUGAUGACUACAUGUAUUAAAGAGCUCCUGAAAGUCAAAUCAGAGCAGCUUCAGAGCUUUUUAUACCCGUCCCUUAUUGUUACGGACAUCGGUAUGAUAGUAUAUAUCUAGGGUAAUAAAAUAGUUUUAUGAGAUGUUCCUGUUUAAAUUUGAUAGUUUGUCAUUUCUGGGAAAGCAUUAAAAAAUUUUUUGAUGACUCAUCCUAACUUCUCUUACUGCCAGAGCGCAUGUGUCUUGCUCUACAAUAGCAGCUCGCUCGUAGUAAACACGUUUCUCCGGAUGUUUUUUAUUUUGCUGUGCGUCUUCCUGUUGCGUUUUCCAGCCGUUGAUGGUUGGAGUUUAUUAAUUUAGAAGAGGUUGCAGUUUGCUCGAGUUACCUGACAGGCCCUUUUCGGAGGAGCGUUUUAACAACUUGGUGCCAACUGAACGUCGCUACCUCGGACUGAUCGAGAACGUGAUUCACCAGACUGAGUUUCUCCAUCAGGAGGAAUAAGUCAGAACAUCUUACCUACCGUUUGGACACGUCAGACGCCACCACCAUCGGUCACCAUCGGUACUGCUAACGGUCGACCUCAGCUCAAACGCGUACGUCAUCUCGCUGUCUUGGGUACCGUCCUUGUUAACGUCGACAGACGCGGGUGAAGACCGAGGCAAGAAACUCCGUAUGGAGGUUUUUUUUUGUGAUCGUUGCAGCCAAAAAUGCAUUGAUUUUGCUGCGGCUUUUUUUUUUUUUUUGGCUUGAAUUGGCGAAAUUGCAAUGACACGAUAUAGUUUUGCACUGAUGUUUGUUAGUAAAUGAGACCUUUUCGGUGUCCUCGUAUUCAACGCAUGUGAAUCGAAGAGGGCUUUGAUUGAACGCAUGUCGUCUCGGCCCGAGUCGGUGGGAGACCUGCGAUGAUUGAUUUUGAAAAAUUUCAACCCCCCUCCCCUCUAUUUCGUCGUUUCCUUGAUUUUGACUUCAUUUCUACAAUCGCAAAGUUGCCAAAUCCUGGAAGAACCUCAUAUUUAGCUAGUUCACGAAGCUACCUCCCUAACCCCCACUUCAAUGUCACGGGCUAAUGUUUUGUGUAAAUAUUUACUGUACGCAACACACUGUAAUCAACAGGCAGGGGUGGAGUCAGAGCAGGAGGAAACCUGAAAGUACGACCGUUAUCUACAAACCUUUAUUUAUUUGUAAAGAAGAAGAAAAAAAAUUCUCCAACGAUUGAGGAUGACAUUCUGUAAAGCGCUCGUGCCUGCCUCAGUAAAUGAAACCCAUUGACUAAACGUCCACAAAUUGCUCCAGUUAAGCUGUCCGCCUGCGUGGAUUUACAAUAAUUUCAGUCCUGCAUUACCGUGCUCACUUCUGGAUGAGUCAAAACUUGGAGAAAAGCCACGUAUGGAUCUGUUACUGGCAAUCUCGGCUCGUUCCGGUCUCUCGGUGACUCAUACUUCAGUCUGUUUCAUUCUCCGUCUACAUCCGUCUUUUCUCUUUCCUGAGCUCACGACUGUGGGCUUUUAUUAAAAUUGCCUUCAUAUUUACGUUUAUUGAUUUAUUCAUUUGAUAUGUCGUAUAUCUCGGUGGCAAGAAAUGUCCUGGCAUGAGUACAGGACGGUCUUUAUGAGUACAGCAGCAGUUCUAUAGUAUCUAUAGUAUCCAUAUGAGAUCAACCACUGAAUCAUGGGUGAUUUUGGGGGUAUAAAGUGUUUCAGGAAGCGCAAAGCUUUAGGGUAUCCGUAUGGGACCAUACGCCUUAGUGAUCUUCUUCAUUAUACACAUUCCUUGAUUAACCAACUUCACCUUGUUGGGAAAUGGAACGGAACAAUGUUCAGUGUUCAAGCGUUAUACGUUAGUUAGUUGAGCCAAAUGUUUGUACGGCGAUAUAUACUUCUUAUCCCUUUUCAAUCCCAUGUUUGAAAAGCUUUCAUCCAUUGGCUACUCUCCUUGCUUUCUUAACCCCCUUGAAAAGAGCAAAACUUGCCCUCCUGUUUUUGAAGCCUCAAUUCCUUGGCUGGAGCAUCCUGGAAGCUGGAAAAGAACCGAAAUAUGGACUGGCUGGAAAAGCCUCAAGGACAGUGUUGAGUCCAAGUCAGGUCCAAAUGUUCUUUCUGUUCACGAGAUAUUUAUGUAUCUCGUCAAAAUACCACAUUUUCCUGUUCGGUCUCCUAAAAACGGCUCGUCUUUUCUCGUGCAAAUAUGUUAUAAUUUGCUCGAGUCUGUAUGUUCUGAGGACUGUGGUCUGGACGCUUCGGCCUUCCCUGUCUCACAGCGGGUAAUCCCUUCCAUGGCAGGCGGCUGUAAAUUCUUCCCGACCCACAAUCCCUCUGUUGGUCAGAGCUCGGGCACAUUUGCGGGCACUCUGAUCUGCGUUACGAAACUGCUAAAUGACUGUUUGCUUCCAAAACUGUUGGAGCCAAUAGCAAAGGAAAACAAGUGCUGGAGGAAUGAGUAUCAAAGGUCAUGUGUUAAAACUGUGGCCCAAAAACAAUGCUUUUCUCAUAUAUACAUACAUAUAAUAUUAUUAUUAUUAUUAUUAUUAUUAUUAUUAUUAUUAUUAUUAUUGGGUUGGGGAGUUAAAAAGUAGUGCAAGUGAUUGUCCAGUAUUCCAUUAUUCCUCUGGCGUGAGACCAACUGGGUGUUUGUUUCUCUGUCCAUUUUUGAUUGGAUUAGAAGAUCUGGAAGGUUCAAGCCGUUGCUCAGCCUCAGUCCUCAAGUGCUCAGCUCUGUACGUUGAUUGGAUUCCCUUGUGUUUCGCUUUUAAACAUUUCCAGGCAAUGCACGUUUGGUUAGUUUGUCUCUUGCAUUGUCCAGCAGUUUUGUUUUGUUUUAGUUUCCAAUGAGAAACGGUUGUGGCUACAUAUAGCUUCUAAAUCAGACUAGUUAAACACAAGUUAAAUCAUUCACUAAUCACUAAUGCUUUGCGAUAACGGCACUUCCUGGAGUGUUUUAUACCUUUUCAUAACACAGUCAAUUGCCCGUAAUUAAUAAACCACAUCUCAUAGGGUUAUCCGUUUAUCAUUGUUUUUAACGCUGUAGACAAGACAUGUUAGCUCCUGUUAUCACUUUGAUUACAUCAACUGUAAACAGUCAUUCCCUCAAACAGCCUGACUUUCUCCCUCUCUUUCUUUCUUUCUCUCUCUCUCACUCUCACUCUUUUGGCAUGAUACUGCGAAACCAGAAAACUAUUGUUAUUGACCUUUACAAAGGUCAAGACACUGUGGACUCCUUCCAAAAAUGUUAAAUAAACUUCUCUAUACUGAAAA